CACCAUAGCUUUCGACGAAAAUUAAAAUAAUAUUUGUAUCAAAGAAUACGAUACAAACAGAAAUCGAUACAAGUUUAAAUUACAUUACUCUAUUGGUAAUGCUUGCUUUUAGAUGGCCAAUCCAAUAGAUGACACGAACGUCCAAUAGAUAAACGUUUGUUGAUCAUUUCGUUAAUAAUACGAGGAGCUUGAGAUUAAGAUGCGACGUGUUGUGAAAUUAAGACGUGUCGCAGAGUGCAGUUUAAUUCCAUUCAAUCUUUAUUUUUAGCAACCAUCGAUAUAUUUAGCAUAGUUUAAUUCGAAUAAGAUGCUAUCUUCAUUGUCGCGCCUUUACCACAUACGGCCGUGAAAGAAACAUCGCGCGUACAUACUCACGUGUCCUCGGUUAGCUCGAACUUACAUAUAUAAACGAUACGUGCGCUCAGUUUGAUGACUAAAACAGAAUCGGAUGGAGUUAUAGCGCUUCACUGGGUUUACUUUGUUUCGUUGUUCAACAGAAAUUAUCUGAACGUCAAAGUGUAACGUACUAUAGCAACGAACGAAAUGAAUAUUUCCAAGGCUGAUCUGAUCGAUCAGUUAAAACACACAGGCAAACUCUGGUAUCUUGUUAACCCCUAUGAGACGAUUUUCGAAUUCCCACACGAAGUUCCCGAUUAUCAGCAGCAGGUAUGGUUACCAUUUUUGGUCCUUAUCGUAUUUGAGCAUAUUAUACUGGCUUUUAAGAAGAAAAGAUUCCGCUUGAACGAUCAAGUGACUUCCUUGUCUCAAUGGAUAUUGCAAGAAACUAGCCGUACUCUCUUCCGUGGUGCCGAAUAUUACGCGUACAUCGUAAUUUACGAGAGAUGUCGCUGGUGGAAUCUGCCUUGGAACUCUCUAUGGACUUGGUGUAUCACUGCCGUGGGGGUGGAUUUCUGUUACUAUUGGGUUCACCGCAGUAACCACGAGAUACACUUUUUAUGGGCUCAGCAUCAAGUACAUCAUAGCAGCGAAGAAUUCAAUCUCGCGGUUGGUCUGCGGCAAUCCAUCUUGCAACACUGGUGUAAUUUCAUGUUAUAUUUACCUCUUGCAUUGUUUAUACCGCCAUCGCAUUUCAUCGCACAUAAUCAGUUUAAUUUAAUUUAUCAAUUAUGGAUUCAUACGACUGUCAUUGAUGAUCUUGGACCGUUCGAGUUAAUAUUCAACACACCAAAACACCAUCGUGUACAUCAUGGUUGCAAUUUAUAUUGCCUGGACAAAAAUUACGGCGGCGUUCUCAUUAUAUGGGAUAAAUUAUUUGGAACAUUCAUGCGAGAAAAAGAAAAGGAAGAGAUAAUUUAUGGCUUAGUUGUUAGUGCUCGAUCUUUUAAUCCCCUGUAUUUACAGACAUUUUACACUGCAGAAUUAAUUAAAAAGAUUAUACGGAUGUCAACUUUUAUGGACAAGUUAGGUGUUAUCUGGAAAGGUCCUAGUUGGUUUCCAGGUAUUCCUCGCUUAGGUCUGGAUAAAUAUAAAAUUAAUGUUACAUCUAGGAUUAAAUAUGAUAAUUAUAUACCGCAGUGGCAAAACAUUUACGUAAUUAUACACUUUUGCCUAGUUGUUUAUCAUCAUCUUCAAAUAUACGAGGAAACACAGGAUUUAAGGACCAUGUCAUCGGGAUUUAUCGUUAUUAAUAAUUUGUUUGCUCUUACCACUAUUGGUUUACUAUUUGAUAAAUCAAAAUAUGCUGGAAUUUUGGAAUUCAUUCGAUGCCUUAUUUAUUUAAGUUUCUCCAGAAUAUAUUGUUCGAUAAAUCUAUAUAUCUAUUACGUAUAUGUAACUUCGUUUUGCAUUUGGAUUGUACAUUUUCUUCAUACGGUAAAAUCAAACUUUAUAAAUGUGGGAAGAUAUAGGAGUUAAAGUAACGUUACGGAGCACGAUGACAAUAUUUGCACAUGAAUUGCGUAUUUACAUUAUAUGUGAUUAUUUUAUUACAUUGAUGUUUAUGUGACAAGUAAUACAUUAUUCGAUAUCAUUGUUGUACGCGUCUCACAAACAAUAAAUAUCGUGGAACAUAGAAAUUAAGUAUUUAUUGAUAUGACCGUGAGGGUUUAUCCAUAGUUAUCCUCGUUUGAAUAAAAAACUAGCUGUAUCCUGUACAUAGGCAUAUUCGCAAUUCUACAAAACGUUUUCACAAAUAAUAUAGAAAUAUAUACAUAAUGAAAUGUCUUUCGUAUUCAGUACUCGUUCGUUUCAGAGUAUUAUAUGAUCGUUACAUAAAAAAGUUGAAUAAAUUAUUCUACAAGCAAUAAGAAAAUAACAUAAGUUUUUGAAUACGAUUAAUAUAGUAAUCAAAACUAUCAUGUAUAUACUACUAUAUGUAUACUGCCGUUAUAUAUGAAAAAAAUCGUGAACAAGACCUAUAAAACUUUGAUUUAUAAUAAUCAGGUUUCUACCUGAACUUA